CACUGUAUUGUGAGCCCGUAAAGUCUUCGCAAUCAGUCAGCUGACGGCAAAGUUUGUUUAUACAGAGGUGGCAGUCGUGGGGGGCGUCAAGCACCUGUUAUUUGACUGUAAUGACCUCCUGGCCGACCUAUUAUAAUCGCUAACGAUGCAGGACGAAGACUCUGUGUCAGGUGCAUCCUCAGGGGCCUCCUCGCCUGAACCCGAAGCACCAUUUAUACCGAAGUUCAAAGUUCGCCUCACUGAUAAUGUUAACAAAGAUGGCGAUUCAGUCAAGUUUACACUACAAGUUUCACAGAAUGGCCUUACAUUGCACAUGCUGGAGAGGGAGUUUGAGGAUUUUGAGUACCUGGAUCACUGUGUGAGCACUGGCCAAUCCUCACAUGGCCUCAUCAUUCCUCCUAUACCCCAGCGCUCAGCCAUAGAUCCAUUCACUGCAGAGAUACAGUCCAAGAGAUUGAUGGGAAAAGGCUCCAAAACUCUAAUUGCUGAUGAAUUUCACAAAGACUGCCAACAGUUACAAAAGUACCUUGAGCUACUACUGUCACAUCCUGUCUUAGGCAAAAACGAAAAGCUGCAUGACUUCCUAACACAGAAGAAUCCUCCGCCCAGAACUAAGGUUAAAAGAGGGCUGAUGAGCAAGUUAUCAGACUCAUUUGAUGCCAGGAAGUCAACAUACCCUGACAGUGAAGAGUUCUUCCAAAAGGAGCGAGACUGGGUGGCCAAGUACCAGCCAGCCAUCGCCAACACCUCCGAGGCCUUCAACAAGAUUAUUUGUGCUCAACUCAGAAUAAGCCACCAACUGGAGCAGAUGGUGACAGCCCUGAAGGUCAGCACUUACCCCAAUGACCAGUUGCACCACAAGCAGUUCAACAACAUCAAUGCCAUCUUUCUCGACUGUGUGGACAAAAUGAAGAAUGAGACAGAGGACAAGGGUAACAAGGAGGACAUGUCGCUGGGGACAACACUCAGCUUGUGGCACCGCUACAUCCAGGCGGAGAGCAACAUGCUGCUGGAGCGGACUUGUCUCAUGGUGGACUACCAGUCGUGUAACCGUGCACUUGACAAGGCCAAGCCCAACCGUAAGGAAGCUGCCGAGAAGGCAAAGAAGGAAGCUGAGGUGGCGUUUGAGGAGUGCAGUGACGCCGCGCGGCAAGAGAUCAAGCAUUUCCAGCGGCAGCGUGUUCAGGAAAUCAAAGACUGUGUGGAAAGGUAUGCAGCGUUCCAACUUACCUCGGCCAGAACCACCCUCAAUACCCUUUCCUUAGCUUUCAACCAAAUCAAAGCCAUGAACUUGUAGGAGAAGCUGCAGCCGGCACCAGCACCAGUUCUCAGUAGACCAAGGACUUUUCAAACUAGCAAGAGGGAUCUGAUUACUGCUCAGCAACAACAGAAAGCAAAUAAGAGCCUUGAGGUAUGUCAAAACAUAAUUAUGGUUCCAUAAUAUAUAUAAAAAAAAAGAGAAUAAAGGCUUAAUGAUUUUUUUUUAGUUUGUAUAUUACUAAAACUACUGUGUGAUAAAACCAUCUUUUAAGCUGAUUUCAUGUACAUAACAUUUACAUUUCUGCCGCUUACAUCAGAAAUGCUGGCACCAGAGUCAUCAUGUCAGUAUUGUUAAGAUAAAUUAUUUGGAUCCUUUCAUCAUUAUUGCAUUUCUUUGCAACAAUUAUUAUUUUUAUCUGCAGUGUUGAAAGAAUUAAUUUAGUUUAUGUAAACCUGUGAUUUAGGAAAAUAUUUUUAUGGAUAUAUCCUGAGUUGUUAGGUAAUGUUUUGCUUCUGAUGAAUUUAUUUUACAUUGCAAGCAUUACUAACAUGAACCUGCUAGUUUUUUGGCAGCUUUAAUUUGGGGUUUGGGGAUCUCCUUUGUUUUUUUGAGGCCAUGUUACAUAUGUCACUUUCAUUAAUAGCUUUAACAAAGCAUUAGAUAAGGAUUAUAAAUUGGCAGACUAUUUCUGUUAAUGAUCUACUUACAAGAUGUGGAUAAUUCAGGCACUUACAAGACCUCUAAUGAUAAAGCCUGGCAGAUGAAGUGCUUCCUGUUGCAGGGCUAGCAAAAACUGCUGUUGAGACUAUGUUGUGCGCAUCAGCAGGGAGGCCAACACGUUAUACUGCAUCUGACAUUAAUGACCGAGCAAUUCAGCUGUUAACACAGCAGUGAAGGUAUUGGGUCUGUUUGUGGGCUGGCAGGCAUGCUGAUUGAGUAACUGGUGAGCCAAAUCAAGGUUCUCUCUACUGUUCUGGUAGUGGAAAUCAGAAAAAAAAUCAUUUGAAGAUAAAAUAUAAUGUGGCAGGGGCACUGGGCUUAGAACUGCAACAAGCUAAUGAGUCAUGCACCUGACAUCUCGCUGGCCACCAGCGCAGGUGCACAACACUGUCUCCACAGCAACAUUUGCUACCCUUGCAACAGGAAGCACUUCAUCUUCCGGGUUUUAUCAUUGCGUAUCUCAUGUGCGCCUUAAUUAUCCAAAUCUUGUUACUAAAUCAUAUUGAUGAAAAUAGGCCAAGGUCUGAAAGAUGCUUUACCAAAUUAUCAUUCUUAUCCUUCACUUAGCUAGAAAGUUAUACCCCCAAAAUUAUAUAACAGCCUAUGAAACCCAUAAUAGUUGCAUAAUCUCCAUUUAUAUAAAAAUAUAAUGGAGGUUUGAUGAACCUCCAAUAUUUCCAUGAUGAAAAUAAAAGUUGUUCGUUCAGUAUCAUCAUCAGCUUUAUAUUCAUUUUUUUCUUAUUUCAAAUUGAUAGUUUAAAACCAUGAAAAAGACAGAUCUGAAAGGUUGUGUGUAGCUGUUUAGUAAUUUUGUGACAGCAUCAGUUUAACUAAUAUUGCUUGUUUCAGAAAAUUUUGAUCCACUUUCUGAUUAGCCUUACCGUCUCUAGAAACCUUUAUUGGUUUUCUGGACAGGUCAUUCCAAUGAAGCAAUUCUUUACUUAAGAUAUAUUGUUGUACUAUCACCUUAAUGAUUCGGGUUAAUUCUUUGAAGUGUUCUUCAUAAAAUAAUUACCCUACUUGUUGAGAAUGUUGACAGUAACAUCUGGUGGAAUUGAUAAAGCUAAAAGUGAGAGAGGAGAUAUACUUUGGGGCCCAUUAAAUGUUUGAAGCAUUGUUACACAAAGUAACAUUACUGAAAACUAUUUUUAUAUGCUUAAUGAAUGACCAUGAAGUUCCAUUGAUUUUAAGAAGACUUAGAGAAGUAUAUCUUGAACUAAAAAAAAAAGGCUACUAUUCUAUUUAACAUUUGUCACAAAUUUGCAUGUGACAAAUGUGGUGCUUCAUGGGUGACCAAAAUAGUUUACCUUUCACUAUGGCUAAUAUUUCGGUAGACAAUAUACCAAAGAUAUUUGAUACACUUAAAGUAAGUUAGCUGAUAGUUAGUGUUGUAUGAAAAGCAGGUUGUGUCACCUUGGAUACACGAGUUUAUGCACCUCAGGUGCAGUGUGUUUAUGAACAUGUAAUUAGUCUUUUGUGUUACCAACACAACAUAUGUGCCAAACGGUUAAGUCAGAGUAUGAUGGUAUCAACUUUGUUAUAUCAGGCAGUGUGGUGGUCAGCAUGCUCAGCUCACAAUUGAUAGGCCAGAGUUUGAAUCUUAGUCAGAGAAAGAUACUUAUGGUGGCCCUUUUGCAGUGUACGUUGUUUACACUGACUGAUGAGUGGAUGUGAACAUAAUUCAAACUGAACUUGCUUAUAUACACCUUGGUGGCUUAAUCAGAGGUGUAAACAAUUCUCUGUAUAAAAUAGUGCAACUUUUUGCUGUGUUGUGCAUUGUUGUUUGAUGAAGUUACCUAUCCAUUUUUCUUUGUAUACAAAUAAGGCAAACGUGUUGCGUAAGAUGAUUCACAUGCUUGGGAGUGGGUGAUGUAUAUGGCCCGAUAUGUUAGCAUCUUGGCCUAUGACUAUCAUUGCUAUUGAUAAAUGCCACAUCCAUGCAUAUGUUGGUUAUUUAAGUAUUGCAAAUAAAAGGUAAAGUACAGGCACUCCCCUGCUUACAGACAUUCAAGUUACAAACCUUGAGACACAAACAAUUCAUUUUAGAAGUUUGACCGCCACUCUAUAGAUGCCUGCACAGGAACCCCCCCGUUAUGCGACUCUUAGACUUUUCUUUUUUUCAACAAUCAUAUUUGCAGAUUUCUUGUGUUGGGGUCUUCCCCUGCAAUCCCCAUCACUUUAACAUUUCAGUUUUCAAAUAGUGUGCCAGACUUACAAAUGACAAUAUGAUUUAUCCUCCUCUCGUAUCUUCAGCGACUGUUCAGGUUUCCAGUCACCAUCAUCAGACUUUGGUGAACAUCCCAAUUACUCUUUACUGAGUCACCACCCCUCUCCUGCUCUCUGUGUUUCAAGUAUUGUAACAAAGGCAGUAUGUCGCCAUCCCAUGUGACUCACAAUUCAUCCUCUAAAUACGCUGAUAAAGCACCCUACAAUUACAUAUACAUAUAUAUAUUUUUUUUUUCUUCUAAUACUAUAACUAAAGUGCUAACUUUCCUUCAUACUACAGGAUGCUUUAAUGCCAUAGCAAUUCAUUUAUCUACCAUCCCACAAGGGAGGAUGAACAACGGGGUGAGCUGCACGCCAACUGCCCGGGCCAGGAUUCGAACCCAGGCCCGUGGAUUUGCAGCUAGUCAUAAUAACAACUGCGCCACGGAGCAGGGUAUUUGGUAGGAAUCACUUGACUAAGAGUGGGCUUAAUUUAAAACUGCCCACAAGAGAGAUUCCUUAAAGAAUUUUGCCAUAUGAUAAGCAAGCAAAAGAUAGUAAAAUGCAUUAAUGUUCAUAGAGCGGGGUUGUCUGUACUUUGGAAUUCAUCACUAAGCUGCUGAUGGCUCCUAACUGUCUCUGACCUCUAAGGUAUCGGCUAGCUAGGGUAUGGGGACCAGAAACCCGAGGGAGGAUAUUGUUACAAAAGCUACGGUAUCAACCUCCCAGACAUGAUCUAAACAAAGGGCGAACAGCCCUUCAAAUGUUCAGGGGCAAGCAGUUCCUUAUUAACAUUCACUGCCUCUGCAUGGGCUAACAAGCUAAACUGCAACUGCCAGAUAAUUCACUGCUAAGUCCCAUCAUGCACCAUUUUGAGCAUACUAUAUACCCUUGCUUUUAUGGACCCAAUAUAACAAAUUUCACUUUUGAUUAACUUUUUGGGCCAGUCCGGUAUGUGAGGAUUUACUAAACAAACAAGUAUGGUAAAAAUGAAGUUCAUUUUGGUGGUUGGCUAAACAUGUUCACUUGUCGGUCAGUGGUGGUAGAAACGACGCCAACCAGGCAGUGCUGUAAUUACUGUAAUUGCCUCUACUCUCGUUCCUCUGUGCUUCGCCUUUCAUGUAAUACAACAAACUCCAUUAUACAUGGGGGUCCCUGACUUACAAUGGAGUUCCGUUCCUACGACACGUUGUAACCCAAUUUUGUAUGUAAGUCGAAACACACUCUUGGAGGGAACUGUCAGCCUCAACCCUCAAACAAAGUGCCAUAAACACAUAAAUCACUUGCCUAUGCUAAUGCAUUAGUAAAUUCAUAAUUACAGUAAAUAAUUGUAUAAAAAACACUUCUAGGCCAUAAAUAUGAAAUAAUAAAAUGAAAACAGUUGAACAGCUUAAGUUCAGCACUGCCAUCAGAAGAGUCUGCCUUAUGCUUGGGAGAUAUAAUGAAGACCAAAGGUCGAUGAAAAAAGAACACAAACCAAAGAGCAACAGCACAACAAACCAAAAUGUGUACAGCAGAAAAUGAGCUUGCCUUCUUCCUCACCCUCAGUCAAACGCCAUGCGAUGACGUAUUCUUACGCCAUGAUCACAAACUAGUUCACGCGUGAAGUUCAUAAUUACGACAAAUGUCAUGAGUCAAAACAAUUUUUUUUUUUUUUUUUUUUUUAUCAUUUACGGGGAUUGCGUCAUAACCUCGAAACAUCGUAGGUCGAGGACGUCGUAACCUGAGGACCCCUGUAUAUGGAAAUGGUUGGAAAUAGCAACCUUUCCUCACUUAACAAACAAGUUUGUUAUAUGUGAAAAGUAUGGAUCCCUCGGAUAUAACAUCAGUUGGUGGAAACUCAUAUUGCCAUCUGCUGUAUUUCAACUUUGAACUGAGUAAUAGUAAAUCCUUGUAAAACAAAAUCCAUAUCAAGGACCAACAAUAUCUCUCCUUUUUGAGUGGCUGGAGCAUGGCAUUUUAACUACUAUUGUAUCAGGGCCACAAGUAUGAACUUCAAUCAUAACUGUGUAGAUGCUGCUAAUCUGUUAACUUUGAAAACUAGUGCUGACAUAUGCAACAUAGAGGGUAAAAAAUUGUAUACUUUUACAGGAUUGAGUUUUACAUGAGGACAUACCGUAUAGUAUUAUCAUAAAAUGCUGAUUUGCAUAAUUUCCCUCCACUGUAUUGUAUCAAACUAGUUAAUAUUUGGAAGUAUAAAACACUGAAAUAAAGGAAUGUGCUAGGAUUCAUCAAUACUACUUAACCAGUACCUCAUCCUUCAGUUUUAGGCAUCUGCAAGUUUUGUUAACUCAAACAUACAAACAUCAGUAUUUCUAUUUUUCCUUUUAAAUAUGUAAAGACAACAACACAUCAACAGAAGACUAGCAAACUUUCAAUUUUGGGAAAGUCUAAAAAAAUUUAGUAGACUUGUAUGCACUCGGUAAGCAUCUGAGGGAAAAGGGAAGGGAAUCACAGAGCUCCUGCAGCUGUGUUCAGACCAACUGAUUUACACACAACUAAACUAUUUCUAUUCAACUGGAAUGCACAUUUUUUCAGUUAACAUUUUUUUUUAUGCUAAUUCCUGCCAUUUAGAAUUUGAGUACGUAUUAGUUUUAUAAUUUUGAAUAAUUAUCUGCCCUUAAGAAUUCAAAAGUAUAAUAUUCUGCCAUUGAGUUUGAACUAUUGGGAUUUUUAACCCAAAAGAAUUCCAAUUAUCAGUGUUCUGUACAUAAGUAUGCCCAAGACCAUGAAAUUCAAAAUGCUGAAGCUUUGAAUGCCCAAAGCUACUGACUUCUAUUAUGAUACUACUGAUGUGUGGAACCUUGUAACGGAAAAGUUGCAUAAACAUCCAAGUGCAGUACUUGUAAAGUUUAACACUUGCCUGGAAUAUCCUUACCAGAGAACAUUUAUACAGUGGCAGGAGAACAGGAUUGAAUACUGCUAGAACUGCAUAUGCAGAGCCACUAAAACAGCUUUGAAUUUUUUAACUUUCCUACUGAAGGUAGUUUCCAGAUAAAGUAAAUAAUAUCUGAAGGAGCAUCUGGAAUGCACAAUACAUAUCGAGUGACCAAUCAAUCAUCCAACUGACUGGGGGCUCUGUGCUCUUUAUAUUAUUUUCAAAUUUAUGCUGUUGUUCAGGGAGUUCCCUUUUUCUGCCAACAUUUUCCUGUUCAGCAUUACAUGUACAAAAUGACAAUUUGAAGGUUUCAUAAUUUUCCAAAAUUUAAUUGUUAAUUUAUAAUCAACUAAUUUAUAUUACCCCCUGUGUGUGUGCAUAUGCACAUAAUUUAAACUGUUUGUCACCGACCUAGUGUAUGGGGGUGCGAGCAUGCAUGUGUGCAAGUUUUAUGCAGGUUAGGGAGAGGAAGGAUUGUCUGUUUUGCCUUUCUUUUCAUUGUCCACUCUUGUCUACAUCUAACUGUUCACUUAGUAUGUUCCCACAGUCACUAAGGCACAUCAUUUGCCUUUUGAUAAACUUGCCUUAUCUUCUAUUUUAUGAAAAAACGAAACUGCAAUCUGUUUUCUUUGAGCAGCGUGUAGCAUUAGGUGCAUUUUGUAACAAGAUUUAUAGUGUGGGGGUGCAGUUUUAUUGAUAUGAGAAAAAGCAUAGGAGUGUAUGUACAAACCAUUCGUUCUCAUUCAGAACAUGUGAAUUUUAAUGUUUUCUGUAAAUUCAAGAGUUUUAUAUAUACAAUUAUGUAUAUAUAAUAGUGUGUGGUGUCUGUGUUGUGUGUUUUCUCAUGUGUGAAGAUAAUGAUGUAAUCAUAACCUAGACACUACUCAUUUGCUACAACUGUGUCACAACCAAACUGUAACAAAUUACUUCAUCAAUACAUAAGUGAACACUACCUUGUUCACUGGUUUAAUCAUGCAGAAGUAACUGACUUUGUUCACAUUCUCAUAACCAACUACCAUAUUACUGUUAGAACAUUUGAAACUGCCUACAACCCAUUUGUCUAAUUCAACAGCACCUAUGAGCUGGUUGCCUGUGAGGAGAUUCAGCCCACUAUGUGCAGUUUAUAAAUGAGUGAUAUUCUUGACUACUGAAUGAUGUGUAUUUUAAUGAUAAGAGUAGCAGCAAAUCCUGAGCUGCUCUUCACUUACUUAUGUACUCUUGCAUACUUCAAUAUAUUCUUUGGCAACAAA